GAAGUCAUACACCUAUCUACAUCUUGCAUUAGCACCAGCCGAAUUACAAGUGAAUGUGCAUUGUUUAUAUUUAUUUAUGAGUAGGUAUAGAUAAAGAUUUUUUGAAAAGCUACGCGGACCAACUCUUCCUAGAUAGUAGAUACGCCACUGCCAUUGGGUAGGGGUCAUUGUGGUAGGGGUACUGUUUUUUUUAGCCACACUAGCACCACAUGAGACUUGUUUUGUUUUGGUAGUGUGAAUUGUGCUCACAAACAACAAAAGGUGAUUUUUCUUUAUGAUUGUAAUUAGGAAAGAGAAUAGUCAAGAGGUAGGAAUGGAUUGGAUCCUCGGCCCAUAGACACUAAAAAACAAAAACAGUGAAUUCAAAAUUUGGUAGAAAUGGCCUCAAAACCGGAAUUUCCAUUGGAUGCAGUUGGAGUAAAUGGCCCAACUUACCUCAAGCAUGCCUUAACAAGCUGUACGGAUCCUCUCAAAGCUAUUGAGGAGUUUCAGAUCGCCAACGGCAUUUUACUUCCAUCCCUGCGACCAAUGCUACCCCUACUGGAUCUUCACGGCGUUCGUCGACUGGACUUUCAUACAUCCGUGGUAGAGGAACUACGAGAAAAGCUGAUAUCGCACAUUAACGAAAUGGGCCAAAGGGAGGGAAAAGAACGCGAUCGUAAAUUUAAGGAGCUGUUAGUGAAAAGCUUUCCGGUAGUAAAAGUAAAAGCUCUUCGUCCAAUUGUGAUGUGCAUUUUACGAAAUACAGCGCAAAUUGACGAUCAAUACCUCAAGGUGUUGGUGCGAGAUCGCGAUUUGUAUAAUGAUACAGAUACGGAGGUGAAACGGCAAAUUUGGAAAGACAACCAAUCGUUAUUUGGGGAUGAAGUAUCCCCCUUGUUAAGUCAAUACAUCAGUGAAAAGGAGAAUAUUCUCUUUGAUCAUCAGAACAUUACCAUCCAAUUCUUUGGCCCUUCGCCCAAAGUGAGAAGGCAGGGUGAAGUCGUCCAGAAAUUGGCUCAUAUGAUCGGCAGCAGCGUUAAGCUAUACGACAUGGUCUUACAGUUUUUAAGAACUUUAUUUUUACGUACCAGAAAUGUUCACUAUUGCACACUACGAGCAGAGCUUUUAAUGGCACUGCACGACUUGGAAGUCCAAGAUAUAAUAUCCGUGGACCCGUGUCAUAAGUUUACUUGGUGCUUGGAUGCUUGUAUCCGAGAGAAAAACGUCGACAUCAAGAGAUCUCGAGAAUUGCAAGGGUUUCUAGAUAAUGUUAGAAGGGGUCAGGAGCAGGUUUUAGGUGAUUUGUCGAUGACAUUAUGCGAUCCGUACGCUAUAAACUUUUUGGCAACAUCCGCCAUCAAAAUCUUGCAGCAUUUGAUUAACAAUGAAGGAAUGCCUAGGGAUAACACAAUUUUAAUUUUGUUGCUACGUAUGUUGGCCUUGGGUUUAAGCGCCUGGGUGAUGAUCGAUUCUCAAGAUUUCAAGGAGCCCAAACUGGACAGUCAGGUGGUUACAAAAUUUUUACCGGCGCUGAUGUCGCUUAUGGUAGACGACCAGGUACGGCACUUCUCGGGAAAAUUGCCGCCGGAUGAACGCGAAGCGGCAAUCACAACCAUAGAGCAUUCGGGUCCGCUUCCCGACGCCGUUGAAGCCUACCUGCAAGAAAGUUCUGUUGCUAGUAUUCUAGCAAUGUAUUACACAUUGCAUGUAACGAAGCACAAGGAUCGCGUUGGAUUGCUACGCAUAUUAGCAGUUUUAGCAAAUUGUAGGGACGAUCGAGCAUUUGAAGAUCCGUUCCUCCACUCAAUGGUAACUCUCUUAAUUCACAUGACUGACGAAUUUGCCACCGCCGAUUUUUGUACUGGAUUAUUUGACGAAUUCUUUUUCGCCGGACUUACAAGAGACAAUGUGACUCGACAUUUGCUCAAGCUGCUAUGGUAUAUUUAUCCGAGAUUGCCACCUAAUCGGUUGCACACGUUGCUAAAGGCACUGCAGCCUACGAAUCAGCAUACAGAAAAAGUGCACAGUCUGUACCAAAAGUUACAAGAUAAAAUAAAUGCCCAACAGGAACCUGUAAUACCUCUCGAAAUGGACAUUGAUCUUAACUCUCCGCUUAUGAGUGUACCCACACCCGCUCCUUAUCAUCAUGUUAUCUAGACUGUGAAUUUAUUAAUAAUAAAAUUGGAUAAUUA